AGGAACCCGGGGCUGAGUGGUUGUGUAGCGGGUCCGUGUGGUGGUUGCCUCCUGCGGGUCUCGGUAAAAACCAAACCUCAACAAUUCUCCCCUUUAAACAUUUUUUUUUACACAUUUCUUCAAGUUAAGCUUAAAAAAAAACGACCACUCCACAAAGAUGCCCAAGAAGAAGCCAGAACCCUUGCAAAUCACCCACACGGUCGGAGACUGCGUUCCUGUGGGAAACCCCACCACGUCCACCGAGGCCAACCUGGAGGAGCUGCAGAAAAAGCUGGAGGAGCUGGAUCUUGACGAGCAGCAGAAGAAGCGGCUGGAGGCGUUCCUCACGCAGAAGCAAAAGGUGGGCGAGCUCAAGGACGACGACUUUGAGAAGCUGAGCGAGCUCGGCGCCGGCAAUGGCGGCGUCGUCACGAAGGUCCUGCACAAGCCCUCGGCGCUCAUCAUGGCUCGCAAGCUCAUCCACUUGGAGAUCAAGCCGGCGAUCCGAAACCAGAUAAUCCGCGAGCUGCAGGUGCUGCACGAGUGCAACUCCCCGUACAUCGUGGGCUUCUACGGGGCCUUCUACAGCGACGGGGAGAUCAGCAUCUGCAUGGAGCACAUGGACGGUGGCUCCCUGGACCUCGUGCUCAAGAAGGCCGGGCGCAUCCCGGAAGAGAUCCUGGGCAAGGUCAGCAUCGCGGUCAUCAAAGGACUGGCAUACCUGCGAGAGAAACAUCAGAUCAUGCAUAGAGACGUGAAGCCAUCGAACAUCCUGGUGAACUCGCGCGGGGAGAUCAAGCUGUGCGACUUCGGCGUCAGUGGGCAGCUCAUCGACUCCAUGGCCAACUCGUUUGUGGGCACGCGCUCCUACAUGUCGCCGGAGCGCCUGCAGGGCACUCACUACUCGGUGCAGUCGGACAUCUGGAGCAUGGGCCUCUCGUUGGUGGAGAUGGCCAUUGGCCGCUACCCGAUCCCACCUCCCGAGGCCAAGGAGCUGGAGGGCAUCUUCGGCAAGGCGGUGAGCGAGGGCGCCGAGGCGAUGCAGAACAACACGUCGCCUCGGCCAAGGCCACCGGGACGCCCCGGCAGUGCGUACAACAUGGAUGCACGGCCUCCCAUGGCAAUCUUCGAACUGCUGGAUUACAUCGUGAAUGAGCCACCACCCAAGCUGCCUUGCGCCGUCUUCACGCAGGACUUCCAGGACUUUGUAAAUAAAUGCUUGAUAAAGAACCCGGCAGAGCGAGCCGACCUCAAGUAUCUGAUGACGCACGCAUUCAUCAAGCGCUCCGAAGCCGAGGAAGUGGAUUUUGCCGGAUGGUUGUGCAAAACCAUGAGCCUCAACCAGCCAAGCACCCCUACGCACACCAGCGCUUGAUCCGACGAUGCAAGCACACGCGCGCGCACACACACACGCGCGCGCGUGUGGGCACUUACACGCUUGCGCAUGCACGCUUGCGCACGCGCACUCACCGCGGUCCAAAAUCUCUUUGCUACAACACUGCCUAACUCCCCGGGACGCCGUUCGUUGUUGGGCGGCUUAAGGCGCACGCAAAGUCGUAAUCUGACUCAAAAGUGAUCAUCGUUACAUUUUUCAAAUCUGUUUUUUUUCCCGCGUAAUUUGUGUGCGUGUCAAUAGGUGCACGCAAACACAACAACACUUGCUCCCAACAGUACGUGUGGCUAUGGGGAGCGGUGUCACAGCGGUUUGCGCACUGCGCCACGGAAGCCUGCGACUCGAGUUUGAUUCUCAGCCAGUUUAUCUUCUCGUACGGACAUCAAACCGGAGCGGUCGAGGAGUGGGAAAUCAGUCUCCGUACACAAACAUGGGGCCGUACAGACACGUGCGUGCAUGUGCACAGAUAUGUGUUGUAUCUGUAAGGGGAGCGGUGGUGUUGUGGUUAGCACACCUGCGCAUCAAACCCGGUGACCUGGAUUUGAUUUGCGGCCACGGCGAGCAUCGGCGGUGGCCUAUGUCGGAACUCGGGCGGCCGGGCGUGGUUCUAGCCACACCUCAUGCGCCAUUCUAAGCCUUAAUUAGGCGCUCGCUCACGACACUUGCUCCAACGGUCUGUCAGGCGAUCUUUGUCCAUCUGUCGGGCUACGCGAGCGAUCUUUGUCUUUGUGCGCGGCUCUCGCAUGUUUAUUUGGUGUUAGCGAUCACGGCGCUGACACUGCUGAUGCAACUUGCCGAGGCUGCUUCUGUUGCUCACUUGCGGAGGAGUGGUCAAUCCGGCUUCCCACUCCCAAACCCUGUCCCCCCCCCCACCUCCCUCUACGGCAGUGGUGUGCGGGUGCAGUAGAUAUCCGCGGAAGUUCCGUUCCUUUGGCAGGCUUACCCGAGCGGUCAGCGUCUCUCACGAUCCUGCCAUGUGCUGGGUCGAUUAUUCUGUCGCAGGAUCAUGGGCGAUGGCAACGGCUUGGGGAGGCCUCCAUCCAGCAGUGGGAUUGAUGAUGGGCCUUAGUCAUCUGGUUAGGGGUUUGAACUCAUAAUAUCAGGGCUGCUAACCCUGCUCAUUGAAAAGAAUACAAUGCGCACAUUAACAACGGAGAGCCGUCGUGCUUGAUGAAUGAGUAAAAUGUGCGUGGUACAAUUAGGGUGCGACGUUGCGUAUGGGGACUUGGGUGGUAAUCGUAGCGGCCAAGCCAUCGACAUUCAACGGGUCUCACCCCCCUCCACCACUCCGAGCUCAGCACAGAUGGAUUCGGUCCAUUUUUUGUGCCGCCACUUUGCAGUCCCAUAUAUUACAUGCUAAUCUGUUUAUAGGAGACCCCAGAACAAUGCAAAUUUGGAGAAAAUAGUUUAUUUCGAAGCCAUGACACAUCUCUCCCACCGAUCUCGAUAUAAUACCAUCGUUACUGUAACAUUGAGGAGCCAUCGCUUUCACAAAAUCCAAUCGGCUGUUGAGAAGAGGGUAAUUCGAAAUCAGCGAGGUGUCUAUAGGGUGUCAAUCACUUUUCUAGGAUCUGCGGGGAAUGCUUUCAGAGUUUCAGAUGACUGAAGUUGAGAAGUAUCCAAAGGCCGUGUCCGUGUGAAUUUUCAGAUGAUCGUAAAAAAUCACGCGGCUGCCCCCCCCACCACCCCCGCAACUGGUGCCGCCGAAACGACGUCUGCAGAUUUUCCCAACACGCGCCGCCGUAGUCGUAGAGUCGGGUGACGUCGUCAGCGCCAAGACGCACAGCUAGCGCGGUGUAGAUUAUCGGGAAUUGUCCUGGACGAUCCAAAAUGCAAAAUUUCGAUUUAAAGCUUUCGUGACUGCAGGGAUUCAUCUUCUUGGUUCUUUCGGUAAAGUCACGUAGAAGGGAAGUAAUAAAAUAAUAAAAAUAAAACAUAAUAAAAUAAUUCUCACGUUUCGGCCACAACACAGGAGGACGUCUGCUUGCGUUGUGGCCGAAACGUCGUGAGAAUUAUUUUAUUAUGUUUUAUUUUUAUUAUUUCCCUUCUACGUGACUUUACCGAAAGAACCAAGAAGAUGGAUCCAAAAUGCGUUGUUUCCCCCUCCCCUGAAAGCUGCAGCAGAUGCACGGGGGGGGGGGAGGGGGCCCGCAGAUCUCGACACGGCCAUUGUAACACGGAGGAGCCCACGUGACGCGCGCGACUGUGCAAUGUGAGAAUGGAAUUCCUACCAGGUGCCAUAAAUAACGACGAGGAGAGGACCAAUAUCUCCGCGAGCCGAAUAUAAUCCGCGCAGAAUAUGAUAUACUGUAGACUUGUAAUUAUAUUGAAGGCAUACGAGAAGUCCACAUAAUUUCAUGUUAAAAGAGGUUAGAUGUAUAUUAUUAUAAUUUCAGUUGGUCGAUAUUCUUUAUUUAACCAGGCAAGAACUAAUUGAAAUUAAUUGCUCCCUAUUUUCUUUUUUUUGCAAGACAAAGACCCUGGGGAAUUGAUUAUUGCCGGGGUGGAGCAUUUAUUAUAGAUGGAGUAAUUCUACUCUGCGCACACUUUGAGGAUUUUGGUUGUUUAUGUAACGUAACGAGAGCCUCUUGUAAACCGACUUCGUAGCUCGCGUGCAUUGCCGCAUCGGUUUUACAUUUCCAUGGCAAUUUGACGUUUACCGUACCAUGCUUUGCUGCGACAAGGUUGGUUUUCCUACCGGAUUGUAAGAUACUUCCACACUCCCGGAACCUGUGCCGACAAUUAUGCAAAUCACACACGCACGCACCACGUACCUCGAACCGGCUAUAAAGACGCACCUCCCAACUUUUGCCUGAAAAUUUUGCGGGAACAAGUGCAUGAUGAUUCGAGAGAAAUAAUACGGUGAUUCAAGCUCGUGAUAUGGGGGUUGGCAGAAAGAAACAAACUGAUGGAACAGGAUUCUUUUGGACCAAUAGGGGAUUCAAUCGGACCAAUAAUAAUGGAGUUAACAUUCUGACAAGUUUUACAAAGAAUGUUGUUAACUCUUACUGAACAAAAUUCCGAAACGUGAGUUGGAUCCUGUCUUCAAAAAAAGUGUCAAUGUCGUGUGCGUGGCUCAUGAAUUCAGUUCCAAAUGGUGGAGAACACUGGUCUUGAUACAGAAAAAAAUCUGCAUGGAAAGUUUUUUUUAAUGGAACACAAUCUCCAUUCCACAAUGUAUGUCGAACUUAUUUUGCACCGUACGCAGCAAAACCGUGCUUGGGAAGGACAAACUAAACACACGACAGUUCUAAAAAAAUGAGUUCAAUUCACAUUUUAAAGUGCAUAGCUUAACUAGGAGUGUGCUUAUGUGAUAACUUUUCAAAAACACGCAAGCGCUCAGUGUGAGAGUGGGGCAUGCAUAGCCAACUGAGACUUCGUUUGUUUUAUACAUUUCACUCUUGUUGUUCGUGCAUAACAAUGGUUUUGUUCAUUAAUAAUGUAAUUUUUUGUUAUAAUGCCACUUAUCCAUUAAAGCCUCACCGAGUCUGAAGAUCAUUUCCAGGAAGGGUGCUGCUGCUGCUACCUUUUGGGAUGUUUAGCCAAGUCCGUUUGUGAAAGUGUUUUUGCUUCGUGUGAAAGGAAGAAUUUGCUGUACUGGUCGUCCCCCCCCCCCUACCCAAGAGGGGAUGAAACCCAGCAUACACACGAAUGGGUUCUUCAACACAUUUUUACUGCUCUGCCAUUUUUUUUGCAGACCCCAGUGCGUGUUUUUUUUUUUCCCGGACAGUUUCAACAAAUCUCUGUACGCGACCCGUGAACAAUUUUUCCUCCAAAAAACACUGCACUGCAGCCCCCCCCCCCACCACCACCAAAAAAAAAGAUGACGUUGCGAUGGAAAGUUAUCAAAUGGUCACGUCACACGGUGGCCCGUGACGCGAAAUUUUGUUUCUGUAUAAGGAGUCGUCGUUGACAUCGCUUUGAGAACAAGCUCUCAGAUUGGAGGUACUUUGGAGGAAUAAUUCACCCCUCAUAUGAUCUAUCACAUUCUUCGGAUAACACUGGUCAACACACUUUUUCUGGCAUAAGGUAUUCCAACGGUUUUAAUGUAAUUUUGGGGUGCUGAUUUCACAUCUGGCAUCAUUUUUUGUCUAUCACAUCAGGUUUUUGAGAUAUCAAAUAUUGCAUUUUUCAAUAAAAAUUGCAGAAGAAAAAUAUUAAAUAAAUGUGGAUAUCUACAUAAAAUGAUAUUAUAAACACACUAUCCUAAAAAUACAGCACCAUAUUUUAACACUUAAGCAGUCACUGACUCGCAACAACUUGCAAUAAUAAGUGACAGUUAAUUUCGGGUAAAAUCAAUGAAAAUGGGGUAUGCCGAUAGCAUAAAAAUGAGAUGUGAUAGAGCAAAUCUGAGAUCAGAUUUGGAAUCGGCACCCUGAAAUUAGUCUAAAACAGCUGCAAAAGUCCAGGCCAGAAUUUUUUUUUUUGUUGACCAGUGUUAUCUAAAUGAAACGCUCUGGUAAAGUUAAGACGCACCCCAUAAACAAAAAAAAACUUGUGGUCCUGCAUCAGUAACGCUCUCCAGAUCCGGCCACACGCACGCACUCCUACCUGAUAAUAACAUUAAAUUCUAGAUUUGAACUUUUCGUGACUGCAAGGAUCCAUACUCUUUGAGUUUUUUCGGUAAAGUCACGUAGAUGAAAAAGAAGAAUAAAAUGAAAAUAACUACAUUAAAUCAAUUUAAAUGUGAUUUAAUUUUAAAAUAGUAAAAUGAAAAUAACUAAAAUCAAUUAAAUGUGAUUUAAUUUAGUUAUUUUCAUGUUAUUUUUUUUAAUGUACGCGACUUUACCGAAAGAACCAAAGAGUAUAACAUUAAUCCCUUAUCAGUAGUUACAUUAUUACAGAUGAAUUCAGACCUUAUUGGUCACCCCGUGCCCUUAUACAUCUCAACGUUCAUCCUAUAACGUUCCAUCACAAGGGAGAAACAAACAGACUGUUUAGUUGUUGCCCGUAUUGACCUGAAAAUGAAAUGUCCCUGUACACGAAUACGGGUAAACCGGAUAGGUUGACGGGGAUGUUAUAAAGAUGCACCUCCAAACUUUCGCUUUUAAAUACAGUACAGAUGAGGAACCUGCUCAUGGUCUGGAGAACACGGUGAUCUUAUACAGAUGGGUGAAAAAUGUAGAUCGUUUGACAAUUACUAAAAAAAAUCACUAAGUUUUAUAUAGUAGUGGAUUCGCUUAACAAGUCUCUGAACUUUACGCAUUAGUUCGUUAUGAGCACCCUUGGUGCGCAUCCAUCCAUGUGUACACGAUGGUCUCUAGGAGAUCUCAGUCCCCUGUGAUCGAUCGAGAUCGCGGCUGGUCACGGCCCGUGGAUGGUACGGAGCGGCAGCGGUGACACGUGGUGGCUUGUGACGUCACGGCACCGCGAGGCGGCAUGGGUAAUUUUAAUACGGUGGUAAAAAACAUUCCCGUUUGCCGACGGGGGGUAGAAUAAAACAAGUUUGUACGUCGUAGGCCAGCCUUGUGUUGGGAAGUAACAAAAUAAGCCCGUCAGCGUUUUACAGGUUAAGGGCCGGCCAUAAAUGACGUGGGGGGGAGAAAUGUGACGUCACAUCAAAAUGCGCAACUUUAAAUAAAUAUAGAAUUGUUAUAACGACACUAAUUGUUAUAGCAACACUCCUACAACAUCAGAGUGCAGCGCCACAUUAAAUACGCACUACAAUGACAAUCGUUUUAAGGCGAUUUGAAGCAUGUUUUAUUUUCACAAUGGAAAUAUGGUUUUGGGGGGGGAGGGGGGGCAGAGCUUUGUGACGUCAUAUUUUAGGGAGGGUCUGACUUUGGGACGAGGGGGGGGGUCAAAAAUCUUCCAAAAUCGCGUGACGUCAUUUAUGGACGGCCCCUUUAGGGCCGCGCGAGUUCAGGCGAUGCCGCGCGUCUUACGCGGGAGGAUGCGCGUGGCGCACAUAGGUGCAGUAUUCAUUCGGCAGUGGACCGAGAGGCCGUGAUGCAAAGGAAGUUUGGGACGUCGGGAGCGGAUGUCCUUCAAACAAAACAAAAAUUAACCCGUAAAAACAAAGUUUUUCACUAUAAAUCCUUUAUAUGCGUGUUCAAUGGGCCACAACCCAGCCCACAUUGGUCUUUGAAACGGGCGGCUAGAGUCCUCUCGUCCUCUGGCUUGAGAUGGCUGCCACCUAUGGGUCAGAUAAUUGUCUGCCACCAUUAAGCAAUUGGUAAUUACAUAUAAAAAAAACAUUUUCUUAAAAGGUGUAAAAUUUUGGAUUUUUUUAUUUACGAAAAUACAUUGUCACGCACAACGAGUCUGUGUGCAAAAUGUCAGCUGGAUUGGAUCACGGGAAGUGGGUUAAAAAACGACCGAAAGAUUUGCACGGUCCUAAGCAAGCAAGUGAACUUAAUAUAAAGGAUUUAAAAAGGGGGCUGCGGUGUCUGUCCCAAAAUAAUUUCUACGUUGCUGGCAUUGAUGUCACGACUUCAAAUGCCAGUGGGGGGGGGGUUGACUGAAAUAUAAAGGUUUCGUUUAAUUAAUUUCACUUUGUCCAUAGAACAAAAGAGAGGAGGAGGGGGGGGCAGUUGAAUUAAAAUCUUGGGGAGCAGAAACGCUGAAUCAAGAUUCAUAAUAACGCUUUUUUGGGGUUAGCGUGAGUAUAAAUGUGUCGUUAAACCCGCCACAAUUAGUAAAGUUGGUCACGGUAACAACACGUGCCAAUUACUACUACAGCCCACCCGGUGGUGUUGGAGAGUAAAUCCACAAUAUUUACUAUUAGAGUACCGGGACGUUUCGCUGGUAAUUACAUUCAGCAUCAUCGGACGAUUUUGCCAGACGUAGGUUAACAACGCAUUUACACUUACGCCAUCGUAUCCCAAGAAAAUUAAAACAUUUAUUACGAAUAAUAUUGGUCGCAAAAGCCAACUGCGUGUCAAACUGAUGGCAUCGAAAGGAGACUGUAAACGUAUCGCAGCGGUGAGAAUGAACUUUGCUAACAUCAAAGCGAAGGAACCCUUGGUUGCUGUGCCGGAUUAAGCUAGUGCGGGGCCUGGUGCA